GCGCGCCCGGGCUGCGGAGCCUCCUGACCCCGCCGCACGCUCAGAUUUCGGGUUUCCCUCGCGGGUGGGACGCGCGUAACUUCCUCAAUCCCGCCUGGAACCCUUUCCCCGCCGGCCCGGCUUGGCCCGACCCCGGCUGCUCCAGGCCACUUGCGACACCCCUAGGCCCAUUCCGCGACUAGUUCUGCCCCAGUUCGGGGUCAUCCGGGCAUGUCUGGGUGUUCCUCGGCGCUCUGGUUACGGGCCGGGAGGCGGGGCUGAGGGAUUUUGGAUGAAGGACCAAAGCUGGAGAUGGAGGAUGAUGGCAACCCCUGGGAGCCUCUUCCCCUCUGGGGACGACCUGGAUUCCAGUCAGUUACACAUGGAGCCCGAUGAGGUGGACACUCUGAGGGAGGGAGAGGACCCAGCUGACCGGAUGCACCCGUUCCUGGCUAUCUACAGCCUUCAGCCUCUAAAAAUGCACCCCUUGGUGUUUGCCCCUGGGGUCCCUGUCACAGCCCAGGUGGUGGGCACUGAGAGAUAUACCAGUGGAUCCAAGGUAGGAACGUGCACGCUGUAUUCUGUCCGCUUGACUCACGGGGACUUUACCUGGACAACCAAGAAGAAGUUCCGUCAUUUUCAGGAGUUGCACCGGGACCUUCUAAGACACAAAGUCUUGAUGAGUCUGCUCCCUUUGGCUCGCUUUGCUGUUGCCUAUUCUCCAGACCGGGAGGCAGCCAACAGAGAGAUCCCCUCUCUUCCGAGAGCAGGUCCUGAGAGCUCCACCAGACAUGCAUCCAGCAAACAGAAAUACCUGGAGAAUUACCUCAAUCGUCUCCUGACAAUGUCUUUCUACCGAAACUAUCAUGCCAUGACAGAGUUCCUGGAAGUCAGUCAGCUGUCCUUUAUCCCAGACCUCGGCUCCAAAGGAUUGGAGGGGGUGAUCCGGAAGCGCUCAGGUGGACACCAUGUUCCUGGACUAACCUGCUGCGGCAGGGACCAAGUUUGUUAUCGCUGGUCCAAGAGGUGGCUGGUGGUGAAGGAGUCCUUCUUGUUGUACAUGCGCCUGGAGACCGGUGCCAUCUCAUUUGUUCAGCUUUUCGACCCUGGCUUUGAUGUACAGGUGGGGAAAAAGAGCACAGAGGCCCGGUAUGGGGUCCGAAUUGAUACCUCCCACAGGUCCCUGAUUAUCAAGUGCAGCAGCUACCGGCAGGCACGGUGGUGGGGCCAGGAGAUCACUGAACUGGCCCAGAGCUCAGGCAGAGACUUCUUACAGCUACACCAGCAUGACAGCUAUGCACCACCCCGGCCUGGGACAUUGGCUCGGUGGUUUGUGAAUGGGGCAGGUUACUUUGCUGCUGUGGCAGAUGCCAUCCUGCGAGCUCGAGAGGAGAUUUUCAUCACAGACUGGUGGUUGAGUCCUGAGGUUUACCUGAAACGUCCUGCCCAUUCAGAUGACUGGAGACUGGACAUUAUGCUCAAGAAGAAGGCGGAGGAGGGUGUCCGUGUGUCCGUACUGCUGUUUAAGGAAGUGGAGUUGGCCUUGGGCAUCAACAGUGGCUAUAGCAAGAGGACGCUGAUGCUGCUGCACCCCAACAUAAAGGUGAUGCGCCACCCAGACCAGGUAACAUUAUGGGCCCAUCAUGAGAAGCUCCUGGUGGUGGACCAAGUAGUGGCCUUCUUAGGGGGGCUGGACCUCGCCUAUGGCCGCUGGGAUGACCUGCACUACCGACUGACUGAUCUUAGGGAGUCCUCUGAAUCAGCUGCUCCACAGCCUCCCAUCUCGUGCUCAGACUCUCAAGGUACCUCAGACCUCUCUAACAACCAACUCUUCUGGCUGGGCAAGGACUACAGCAAUCUUAUCACUAAGGACUGGGUGCAACUGGACCGACCUUUUGAGGAUUUCAUUGACAGGAAGACCAUGCACCGGAUGCCAUGGCGGGACGUUGGGGUUGUUGUUCAUGGCUCAGCAGCCCGGGACCUUGCCCGGCACUUCAUCCAGCGCUGGAAUUUCACCAAGACUACCAAAGCCAAGUACAAGACACCCAUGUACCCCUACAUGCUGCCUAAGUCCAUCAACACUGCAAACCAGCUCCCCUUCGUCCUCCCUGGGGGGCAGUGUGCCACUGUGCAGGUCUUGAGGUCAGUGGACCGCUGGUCAGCAGGCACUUUGGAGAGCUCCAUCCUCAAUGCUUACCUGCACACCAUCAGGGAGAGCCAGCACUUCCUCUACAUUGAGAAUCAGUUCUUCAUCAGCUGCUCAGAUGGGCGGACGGUUCUGAAUAAGGUGGGCGAUGAGAUUGUGGACAGAAUCCUGAAGGCCCACAAACAGGGUCAGUGCUUCCGAGUCUAUGUGCUUUUGCCCCUGCUCCCCGGUUUUGAGGGUGACAUCUCCACAGGCGGUGGCAAUGCUAUCCAGGCCAUUCUGCACUUCACUUACAGGACCCUGUGUCGUGGGGAGUAUUCAAUCUUACAUCGCCUCAAAGCAGCCAUGGGAACAGCGUGGCGGGACUACAUAUCCAUCUGUGGUCUCCGCACACACGGAGAACUGGACAGCCACCCGAUCUCUGAACUCAUCUAUAUCCACAGCAAGAUGCUCAUUGCAGAUGACCGGACAGUCAUCAUUGGCUCCGCAAAUAUCAAUGAUCGGAGCUUGCUGGGGAAGCGGGACAGUGAGCUGGCUGUGCUGAUUGAGGACACAGAGAUGGAGCCAUCCCUCAUGGACGGUGUGGAAUAUCAGGCGGGCAGGUUUGCCUUGAGUUUGCGGAAACAUUGCUUCAGCGUGAUUCUUGGGGCUGAUGCCCGGCCAGACCUGGAUCUCCGAGACCCUGUCUGCGAUGACUUCUUCCAGUUGUGGCAAGACACAGCUGAGAGCAAUGCCAAUAUCUAUGAGCAGAUCUUCCGCUGUCUGCCAUCCAAUGCCACACGCUCUCUGCGGGCGCUCCGGGAGUAUGUGGCCGUGGAACCGCUCGCCACAGUCAGCCCUUCCAUGGCUCGGUCUGAGCUCAACCAGGUCCAGGGCCACCUGGUCCACUUCCCCCUCAAGUUCCUGGAAGAUGAGUCUUUGCUGCCCCCACUGGGUAGCAAAGAGGGCGUGAUGCCCCUGGAAGUGUGGACAUAGCUGUGGUGCCAGUCCAGGCGAGGUCACCAGCCAGUGGGAUCCAUCAGGUCUGACUCCCUGCCUCUAACCCUGAGGAUUGAGGGCAGUGCCUUUGAGACCCAAGGGAGGCAGGCAUCCCUGAUAGGGAUGAGAGAAGUCACAGAGGACCCUUUCUUGAGAUAUAGCCAAAGAUGGCACCCAACUUUGGGCUGGGGAGGCAGGAGGGUCCCAGAGAAGUUCAUCCCCUGCUGCUCAGUUCAAACCACUGCUAACAGAAGACGCAUAGCUCCUGCCUGGAUGCCUGGGGUCAAGGAUCUGAUUCAGGAAGAGUGAGUUCUGCCCUGUGCCUUCCCCUCUCCCUUCCUUUUCCUGCCUUUGAGCCCUGUUCUGCCCCCAGAGCCUCUCCCAGGCCAUUACUGCGAAGGUGGAAGGAAGGAUGAAGCCACCCCUGGCUUGAGCUCCUACAGUGAGGAGGCUAAUAGUGGUGAAUACACACUAACUCCCUCCACCAGCCUGCUGACAAACACUAACUUUGUAUCAGUUCAAGAAACAUUUCAUAAAUAAAAGUUUAGAAAAG